AUGACAAAGAAGAGGAAUAGUGAUAAUAAUAACAAGACCAUGGCAGUGAAGAAGAGAAAGGGUGUAGUUGUUAUUGAUGAGACAGAGUCAUCAGCUGUUGCUGCUUUGGAUGCAUCUUCAACUCAAUCAACUUCAAACUCAACAACAACAACAACAACAAUGGCUCAACAAGUUGGACUCGCGAUCAGCCCCGCAUCGACACAAGGCAAACUGAAGAGACACAAGACAAGCCACAACAAUGACAACGAAGACAACAAGAGUGUACAACCUGUAUCAUCAUCAUCAGCAACAACAAUAACAUCAUCGAAUACUACUAUUGCCAAUACUGCUGUUGCUGCAGCUGCAAGUGUGGCCACGCCAAAGAAAGACAUGUCAUCAUUCUUUAAGAAGUUCACGCCACUAAAGUCUACAAUGUCUGCAACAUCACCAUUCAAGAAUGACUAUAGCACCACUGUUGGACUAUCACUCUUAUCAUCGACCAACAAGAAGAAGACGACUGCGGCCAGCAAUGCAAGUGCGUCACAAGGACCCAAGAUGGCGUUCAAACCACAGAUUGACAAUAUCUUUGUACCAGAGUCACCGUUCAACAUCAAGCUCAGGAGCAACAGUCACGCUCUCAAACCUUUGAACAAGCACUCGUCCAACCUGCUCAAUCUAUUCGAGGACGUCAAGGGUGGCAAUGACGGCCGUUCAUUCCUCUCGGCAUCAUCACCUCUAAUCCUCACAUCCUCGUCGACAAAUGAACCCGUACGCAACAACGAGUCCACUGCGCAACAAGCCAAGGACAGAGAGAAACAACUACUCGACCAUCUCAUUCAUGAUAUACAGUCCAAUGGCAAUGUUGAUCGCAAUGCCGUGUCCAAACUGUUGUACAAUCAAUUGCCCGAUAGUGUGUCCAGCACCACUGUGCCAGUUGACCUGAGUCUAAAGACUCAGCUGGUGCUCACCUCCUCAUCACUGGACUUCCAAUGGUGUAGCGACCUCCUCAACGACACUGAACUCUUCUUCCAAGUUGUACAGCGUACAUGUCGAAAGCUGCAACUUGUCGACAAUCAUAAGCAGACACAGCCACAUGGUGAAGUGUCCCAGACUGACCGAGAGAUCAUCCUACAAUCACUCAUCCACUACAUUGCACCGGCCACAUCCAUGCCGUGGGACGUCGCCACUGAGCCAGUCUACAAGUGUCCAACCAAACUCAAAUGGGUGGAGCAGCGAUGGAAAGAAUGGGAGACAAGCUUUACAGGACUAGUUGGAGCAUUCACGACAAACUCAAUCAAUAGCUUCUAUUUGGUACAUCAGGAAUGGUCAUGUCUGUUCAUUCACGAGGAUGGCAACGCCAUCGCCAAGAUCAAUCCAUCGACAAAGAAAAUGAGAGACCUACUCAUGGACGAGGGCAUCGAAUGGGACACACCAUACCUUAAGAAUGAGCGACAGACCAACAGCAAUAGUAGCACUACUACUGGCGAUGGACAACCAGCAACAGUCAUGAGCAUAGAGGACAAUGAACGUCUGCUACGAGAUCUAAAGGAGUUGGCAAAGUUGAAAAAGACGAUGAACAACAACAACAACGCGGACAACAUUAAGAAGUUGGACCCGUCAUACUAUCAAACGCCAAGAUCAUCAACCAUUGUGUUGGUCAAGGGCGUGGAGCAGAUUAUGUUGUUGAGCGACUUUUUCAAGAGGCGACUGAUAUGGUCCAACAAGCUGCAUGUGGCAGUCAGCGAACGAGGUGGCAAGAAGGACAUAUUCGCCGAGUCGUCGAUGAACCAGACAACAUUGUCCCGCUCGUCCAACACACUGCUACCAUUCACCCCCAAGAAGAAGAGACAGGCGCAGGACCAGAGCGCCAACUAUGACGACGACUAUGAGGCCGAUGAACUAUCGGCCAACGACACACAACAGUUCAUCCUGUGCAAGGACACGCCUACGCUGCUGUCUCGCCAGCCAUUCCCCAGCAGCACACUCAAACUCAAUCAGAUUGUGUCGAAUGGAUCGUACACAAAGUUAGCGGCAUCAUGCUCGCAGUCCAGCUCGCUUCAGGACCACCAAGACAACGAACGAUUAUAUCGCAUCGAGAUCGAUGGUCCUCUCCAACCGGGCAGUUGUCAUGACAUUCUGGAGGUGAUGGCUAGGCAAGGACAACCAUUCACAUGCAAGCAAUUCACCAAUGAGACAACAUUUGGAUUCAACACGACCAAGACCUCAGCUCCAUCCUCCAUCGAGUCAUUACUUGGACGCAAUGUUAUUCAACAGAUACAAUACGAGCCAGUCAUUGUCAAUGGCAAUGACAACGCAUCAACCAAACCAUUCAUUAUAGCGCCAAUAGGAUAA